GGAAAAGAUCAAGAUUAAAACUUCGGUAUACAUAAGAACUCGUAAAGUAUAAUUCACCCCAGAUUCAAUAUCAUUGAAGCAGUUUGCCAGAAUGAAGACUUUCGCUCUUCUGUUACUGAUCACCGCUGUAUCAUCUGCUAUCGAAUGGGCCGAUCUUCGUGUGACAUCGACAUACUUAGGGUCGGACCCUUUACACAAAAAGAGCUACUUCCAGAUGCCUCGUACAAAAUCUGAUGCCAUUAACGAGAGUUGGGUCGAAGUAACAGGUUUGACUUCCCUGAAUUUGACUGUGUAUUGCUACGAAGAAGGCGACGGUCGCGUAUGUCUUGAAUACGAUUCUUACGGGAACAUUGCUGGUAUACAGGUUGCCGUACUCUGCAGUGACGUCGAAAAUGUACAAAGUAUUUACAACCGGUCGAAUUUAAACCAGUAUCAGAUCAAAACGAUAUUUGAUGAACAGUAUUGGACCAGUACAGUCUAUUUCAUAUCCCCGGAGACUAUCGCAGCUAGUGGUCGCAGCGAAAUGAACGGUCUUACCGGGACUGAAGGAAUCUGGAUCGGGACAACCGAUGGAUUUAUAGAAAUUCCCAGAAAUGUAUCGGAAUGGGAUUCUGCAUGGAUGAAGGAAGGCUGUUAUUCUGCAGAGGGCAUCCACUAUGAGUACGCUAUGAACAGUUCCAUGGAAUGUACGGACUUGCAGCCUUGGUUUUUAAUGGAACAAGGAGGCGAGUUGAGUGGUUUCGGAUUCCAGGGAUUCGGUAAUACGACUUACAAAAAUCGUGACUGGUACGAACACUUUGCACCAAAUUAUUUUAGAGAGGUGAUACCGACAACUCCGCAGUGCGUCAUCGAUUUGGGUAACGAGUAUGGUUUCAACAGUAUGCAUGCAUUCAUGACUCCAAAAUCAUGGACAUACGUUUGCUGACAGCUAGAGUGUAGGACGUGCGCUGAUUGUACCGUGAAUAAAAUACCUCAAAUUUUAUGAAUCGG